AGAGGAUGAGGAGAUUGGAGGGAGCGUUAUCAAUUUGGGGGAAAAUUUUGUUUGCUAAGUUCGAGGCAAUCUGUUGAGUUUGGUUCGCUCUUCUUCCAACCAUAAUAUCCAAUCGCCAUUGAUUCUUCUUCCUCUGUUGUUUGUUCGUUUCCAUGGCGCUCCCCGUCGUAGACACCGAAUACCUCAAGGAGAUCGACAGGGCUCGCCGUGACCUCCGCGCUCUCAUUGCCAACCGGAACUGCGCUCCGAUCAUGCUUCGUUUGGCUUGGCACGAUGCUGGGACUUAUGACGCGAGUACUAAAACCGGUGGGCCUAACGGAUCGAUUAGGAAUGAGGAGGAGUAUUCUCAUGGCUCUAAUAAUGGCCUGAAAAAGGCUAUUGAUUUUUGUGAGGAAGUGAAGUCCAAACAUCCAAAGAUUACUUAUGCAGACCUGUACCAGCUAGCUGGUGUUGUUGCUGUUGAGGUCACUGGAGGCCCCACUAUUGACUUUGUUCCUGGUAGAAAGGAUUCAAACGUUUGUACCAAGGAAGGCAGACUUCCAGAUGCAAAAAAAGGUGUACUGCAUCUGCGUGACAUCUUUUAUAGGAUGGGACUGUCUGACAAGGAUAUUGUUGCAUUGUCUGGGGCUCACACAUUGGGAAGAGCACAUCCGGAGAGAUCUGGUUUUGAUGGACCUUGGACAGAGGAUCCUCUGAAGUUUGAUAACUCAUACUUUGUGGAACUGUUGAAAGGAGAAUACGAGGGACUUUUAAAACUUCCUACUGAUAAGGCUUUACUCGAAGAUCCUGAGUUCCGCUAUUAUGUCGAAUUGUAUGCUAAAGAUGAAGAUGCGUUCUUCAAAGGUUAUGCUGCAUCACACAAGAAACUUUCAGAGCUUGGGUUCACUCCCAGCUUUGGGAAGGCCAUUGUGAAGGACAGCACUGUAUUGGCACAAGGUGCUGUCGGAGUUGCGGUUGCAGCUGCCGUGGUAAUUCUGAGCUACUUCUAUGAAAUCCGCAAAAAAAUGAAGUAAUCACUUUAGCAAGGUCGACUAGAGUUACUUGUCUAUAUAGCAAUGUUGAGGUCCUUUCUAGAGACCUUGCAAUGCAAAUUGUGCAUUUGAGAUCUGAAACAUCUCAAUAAGACAACCUAGACAUCAUAAUAUGAUUCUAGGCAUUAGCUUUAUAAACAAAAUCAGUCACCAAGAUUCAAGAUUAUCAUCAUACCAUGAAAAUUUAUGACUUGCUUUAUAUGUUUACUGCCCUGUGAAAUUUCUUGUUGGCCCUUUUCAGAGCUUCACCAGUUAAAGGUACUUUUUUAGCUGUUGUAUAUAGAAAAGCUUCAGUUUGACUUUGGUAAA